AUGAAAUAAUAAAACUUUAUUAAACCUUUCCCUGCUUUUAAUACCUUUAUAAAUGUCUUGAUGGCAUCAGGACCUAUAUUAUUACCAAUGAUAUCUGCAAAAGUUGGUUAUGGUUAUGCUUCAAUAUCCCUUACAAUCUGUUGUCUGAUCAGUAUCAUCGCAUGUGAUUUCAUAAUAGAGGUAGCUGAGUAAUCUGUAUUAAGGAUAGGCACUAUAUCUAGCAGAUCAAAUUGACAAAGAUACUGAUACUAUGAGUAGAUUGAAUAUAUAGGCAACUCAUACCGUUUCUGAUUCGACAGAAGAAAUAGAAUCAGCUAAACCACUUGAAUCAAAAUAUUCAUUGUAGAGCUAAUUUGAAUAUGGAUCAAUGGCUAAAUUAUUUUAUGGCAAAUGGGCUGAAUAUUGUACAGUCUCCAUUAUCGUAAUAUAUUUAUAUGGAGCAGUAAUAGCUAAAGGAGUCAUGGUUGGAAAUUCUUUAUCGUAAUCAUUUAUAUUAUUCUUAUUAGUUCAGUUUUUAAUGACAUCACACUCCUUAAAGAAUAUUGGUUUUGGAUUGUCAUAUUUUUUGCAGUCUGUGGAAUUCUGUCAUUCAAAGAUGUAGCAAGCAUAUAAAUAGUCUAAACAAUAGUAGCUUUAGCUCGUUAUUUGACUAUUUUAUCAAUGUUAAUAGGAUCAAUAUAAGAAAUGGCAAAUAAAUAAGAAAUAUAAAAAAUGUAAUGGUUCAAUAUUGAUGCAUUACCAUAAAUGAUUUCAACUGCAAUAUUUGCAUUUUUAAUGCAUCAUUCAUCACCUGGAAUGUUAAGACCAGUAAGACCCUCUUCAGCUAUUAGAAAGAUUAUCUUUAUUAGUUUUACAUUUGGAUUACUCACCUUUUUAUUUGUAUGUUUAACAGCAAGUUGGGCAUUUACUUUAGAAAAUCUUUCAAAUGUCAGUUUUUACAGUUAAUGUUUUAGUGAAGGUAAUUUAAGAUGGGCUUACUAUAUUAUAAGCUUUUAUAUGUUCUUAAAUAUAGCUGCUUUACCAGUCUUAACAAUUACCAUACGUAAAAAUUUGAUGAAAUUGGUUGUUCCACAUUUACUUCCAAAAGAUAAUUUAAAAAUUACUUUACCUACUGCUCUAUUCACUUUACUUAUUGUUGUACCAUGUGCUGCAUUAGCCAUUUGUAAUACACUUUUAUUUAUCCUAAGUGCUUAAAGAUGACAUUGAAAUUAUUGUUGGUCUUACAGGAGGUGUAUGUGGAGUUUUCAUAUUGUUAACCAUUCCAGCUGCCUUAGUAUUACAGGGUCGCAAAAAACAUAAUGUUAAAUAUUCAGAUAAUCCAUAUAUUUCAAAAUUCUAACAUCCUUCUUGGAUUUGGGCAUUGAUUGUACUUGGUUGUGUAUUUGUACCAUACAAUCUCUAUAUGCAAAUUAAAAAGAUCAUUGACCAUUAUGGUUGA